GAGAAUCAAUCAAGAAUGAAAUUAUGGAGGCCUUGAAAGAUGACAAGGUCAGCAUAAUUGGAAUAUGUGGGAUGGGGGGUGUGGGUAAGACCACACUAGUGAAACAAGUCGGCAUACUAGCCAAAGAGCAAAAGUUGUUUGAUUCAAUAGUUAUGGUGGUUGUGUCCCAAACCCCAAAUAUCAUGAAUAUUCAAAGAGAAAUUGCUCACAUGCUGGAUCUGAAAUCAUUAUCUGAUUGUCCUGAAUCAGCAAGAGCAAGUUCUCUAUGGGAGAGAAUUAAGAAGGAGAAACGAAUACUUAUAAUAUUGGAUGAUAUUUGGAGAAGAAUUCAAUUGGAGAAGAUUGGCAUUCCUUUUGGGACGGACCAUGGAGGUUGUAAGAUCGUGCUUACCUCUCGAAGGAAAAAUGUAUGCGAUCAAAUGGGCUGUGACAAGACAUUUAUUGUUGGAACUUUGACAAAACAGGAGUCAUGGGCGCUAUUCAAGGAGCUUGUUGGCAUGGAUGUUGAAAAUUCUAUAAUAAGCUCAAUCGCAAGAGAAAUAACCGCUGAAUGUGAUGGUCUACCGAUUGCAAUUGUGACUGUAGCCAGGGCACUGAAGAACAGGGGCAUGUAUGAGUGGCGUGAUGCUUUACAACAACUUAAAAGGUCAACAUCAACAAAUAUUGAAGGAAUGCAUGAAAAUAUUUCGUAAUUCCUGUUGAAGUCUUAGUGAGAUACGGAACAGGAUUGAGAUGGUUCAAAGGCUUGGGGACAAUUGAA